UGAACUGUGCAACAGCAGUGACGGACUGGUGUACUCUAAGGAGUAAAACGCCGCCGAAUAAAGGCUACUCGAUCAAUUCCAAUCGUCAUUCAGCUCUGGUACGGUGCAGUGCGAAGAAAGCAGAGAGGUCUGAAAGUCGAACCGGUCGGGUGUGUCGUUCUAGCGUCGAGGUGCGACACUACGAUGAAGCUUAACCCAGCACCACAAUCGGAGCCGGAGAAAGAUGGCGAACAGCAGGGACUGGUCGCUGGGACCAACAACGCCAUCGCGCCGCCAUCAACCACACCGCAACCGAUGGAAUCCCAAAAUCCACGGCUUCUGUCGUCGCUCUACAGCUUUCUGGUGAUCGUGAGCAUUUUUCUGAUCGGAUUCGCUGCAUUCCGCAACACGCUGACAUGGCACUUACAACGGUUCUGGGGAGCUUCGGGUGACUUUUGGCAAUCGCAGUGGGAUCGCUUCAUCGACUUCACCGGGGACGAUCCAGCCCGGCUGUGGGUCUUGACGACCACGCUGUUUACCAUGUGCGUGUACUGGUUCUUCGGUGGCAUCUACACGCUGUUCGACCUGACGUGCUGGCCGGCCGUGAUCCACCGUUACAAGAUGCAGCCGGGCACGAACGAGCCGGUCGACCCGGGUCGGCUGCUGCGGGUGAUUGGCACCGUGCUGAUGAACCAGAUCGUCGUCGGUGUGCCGAUGGCCUACGGCAUGUACCGGGCCAUGUGCUUCCGCGGGUUGCGCGACUUGCGCGAGCUGCCCACCUUCCACUGGGUGCUGGCCGAGCUGUCGUUCUGUAUCUUUGUUGAGGAAAUCGGUUUUUACUACGCCCACCGGCUGCUCCACAGUCACCAUCUGUACCGCUACAUCCACAAGCGCCACCACGAGUGGACCGCCCCGAUCGCGAUCACCGCCAUCUAUUGUCACCCGGUGGAGCACGUGUUCAGCAAUCUCGUGCCCCCGUUCAUCGGGAUCUUUCUGCUCGGCAGCCACGUUGCGGUCGCCUGGCUCUGGUUCACCCUCGUCAUCCUGUCGACGCUGAACGCCCACUCCGGCUAUCACUUGCCGUUCUUCCCCAGCCCGGAAGCGCACGAUUUUCACCAUCUGAAGUUUAACCAGUGCUACGGUGUGCUUGGUGUGCUCGACCGAAUACACGGUACGGAUGCGCUGUUCCGGGGCACCAAGGCGUACGCGCGGCACAUCAUGAUGCUCAGCUUCAUACCGGCGCGCGAAGCGUUCCCUGAGUCGACCAAGAAAGCGUUCUGAACCGGAACAACCGGAGGGCUGCCAUCGGCCUAGGGCUUGGCCUGCCGGCUUUCGACGAGCAACCAGACAAACCACAGAUCUCGCUGGCUUUGCCUACCAGCAGUCCGGAGUAGUUUGGUCAGGACCCGUGUUGCAGAUGAUGCACAAUGAGCGACGGCGAGACGUGCGGAGAAGAACACACAGUGCUGGUAGACACUAGGCGAAACGCCCACCCCAAACAGCACCAGUAUUACACAAAGCGUAGCACUAAGAGCGGCAGGCAGGCAGAAGAGGGUUGGGAGAUGAUAGCAAAGUUAGGCGAUAGAUCACGGAUAGAUAGGUCCAAGCCCAAGGGCGAGGUGUCGAAAGGGCGCUGGUGACUAUCAGGUCCAGGUGCGCACUGUGCGACAAGGAUACACGCUCUAGCAUGCUAAAACCGUGGGUUUGAGGGCCAUGCGCGGGAUUCGCGCGACGCGCUGGAUCGGUGUUUUCCUCAGGACCCAUGGAUCCCUUCUACAUACAACGAGCUCGAGCAUAAUAUAAUUUUACAUUGAAGCAGGUAUUUUUCUACAGCAUACGCGGAAUGAAAUUCCGUGGCACAUGCUUUGUAUGUUUAAAAAAAAGGGAACGUUCGCGUGUGCCUCAAGUGUGUAUCAAUAUUAGUGAUUAUUGCAUUUCUUUCCCCCACCCCAAAAACCCCAGGCCUCGACCCCAUCGCCCACCA